UCACACCUGGCCACGCCAGGCCGGUCGCGCUCGACCGCUCUCUCCCUCAGGUUGACGCGGAGGCAGAGAGGGAGGGGAGAGGACAUUCAGCCGGUGGAAGCUGUGCUGGCAUUCUUGCGUUUCCAGCCCAGCAACGGUGUCUGGAAUUUGAAUGCGUUUUUUCCUGGCAGCUUCUCAGGCAUCUAGAUGUCUCUGGGUGUCCUGGAAUGGCUGUUAGAAGGUGAGGAAGAGUGAAAACUGAAGGAAAUGAAGAAAGUGGAUAACCAAGGACCUUCCACCUUAGUCCUUGCUUAGUGUAAUAGGAUACCAUGUGACAGACCAACCAACAUUUCUCCAGACUUCUGUAAAAGUAGUGAAUUGUCAUUAGUCAAGAUGUCUUCAGCACCUGAGCCUCCAACAUUUAAAAAUGAACCACACAAAGAGAAAGACUUUCGAAACCCAGGGCUCAGAAGUGUGCGCACAACGACCUUAUUUCGAGCUGUGAAUCCAGAGCUCUUCAUUAAGCCUAACAAACCUGUAAUGGCUUUUGGAUUGGUAACCCUUUCACUUUGCGUGGCUUAUAUUGGUUAUCUACAUGCAACACAAGAGAAUAAAAACGACCUCUAUGAAGCUAUUGAUAGUGAGGGACACAGUUAUAUGAGGAGGAAAACAUCUAAGUGGGAUUAACAGUGCUGGUUACUACAGAUGGAGCUGUAUUGAGGGCUCCGAAAUCUGCAAAUGCAGGACCUUAUGAGUGCACAGUAUCAUGUUUCUUGUUCCAGAAUGUGUUGAUGAAGAGAGAAGGUAACAUUGGCAACCUGAUCACUAUAAUAAAUUUUAUCUCAUUCUUUUCCACAGAAAGAGUGCCUCAUGUUUUUCUUCCUU